UUUUUCGCUCGCCUACCGCUGCACCUGCCAACUCGACUUUUCUUACAUCUCCCAUUACAGAAAGGAAGGAAACGCACGCGACAAGAGCACAGCCAACCAGCCAGCCACACUCGCUCGCCUCCUGGCGCACUUCUCUCUCUCUCCCUCUACCUUGCCUUUGAGCGCCGUUCACGUGAUCCACCCAUCGAGCGGUGGUGAUCUGCAGCUGCCCUCAGUCUCCCCAUCACCAGCCGCAACGCUUGCCUGAGGCGACACCGGGAUGACCAUGAGUGUCUCCACUGUGCCCAAGGCUUGCACGUCAGCGCUGUUGCUGCUCAUCGUCUUCCUCCUCUCUUCCACUCAUGGGGUGCAUGCAUCUGGCGCCUGCCCCAGCUUCAACAAGUAUGAUUGCGCCUGCCCGUCUUCAGCCAUUGCUGUCAUUCUCCGCGACGACAACAGCUGCAGGGAGUGUGCAUGCUAUGAUCAGAGCCUGCAUGCCUUUGUAGGCGUCGCCGAGUCCAAGCAGUCGGCAUCCCACGAAGUCCAACAAACUACACCCACAUGCGAGCCCCCAGAGUUCUACUGCCGCGAAGGGUCGGAGGUGGUGUUCCAACAGGAUGCGUUUGGGAGCACCACCACUCGAAGCACCACCACCACCACCACGACAACAGAGACUACAACAACCACUACCACAACAACAACAACAACAACAACAACAACAACAACAACAACAACAACAACAACAACAACAACAACAACAACAACAACAACAACAACAACAACAACAACAAUAGAGACUACAACUACAACAACAACAACAGAGACUACAACAACUACUACCACGACCACCACCACGACAACAGAGACUACAACAACUACGACCAAGCCUGGAGACACGACGACGACAACAACAACAACAACAACAACAACAACGACGACGACGACAACAACAACGACGACGACAACAACAACAACAACAGCAACAACAACAACAACGACGACGACGACAACAACAACAACAGGGUCUGAAGAGACAUCCUCCAGCAGUUCACCGUCUUCGUCAUCAUCCUCGCCAUCUUCAUCCUCGUCACACAUGUCCACUCCGCACCUGACUACGGUGACACGCCCACACCGAACAACCACGCCCUACCAGCGAUCAACACCACACCUCACCACCACGCAGCAGCACUCAUCCCACGGCGCCUCCACCACGUCUGCCGGCGUGAGCACAAGCCGCGUGUGGCCAUCGCCUGCGCCUAACCAGUGCAACGACACGCGUCUCACCCUCGACCACCGCGGCCACUUUAUCUUCUGUGGGUCUGAGGGCGGCUGGGCGUGCCCUUCACACGCCUCGUGCGUUGACGACUUCUGCUGUGAUCGCCCACAGUCGGAGUGGACCACGACCAACUCUGCAUCGCACCACUACACCACCUCGCGUGCAGUCACGUCCACCCCUCAUGCAACAACGACUCGCACGAGCGAGUGCCCGAGCUUCCCGCAGUGCCGCUGCGUGGAAGGGGAGCAGCUUGUGUUCUUCAGUGACAUCUACGGGUGCAUCUUUGCGUGCACGUGUGAGCGACCGCUGUCCACACAAACGACGACGCCAGGCUACACGACAACUCGCCCGGUUCGAACAACAACCGGUACACGACCCAGAACAACGACUCGCCCGAUGAACACGACCACGGUGUCGACAGUGCCGGCAGAGACGUCAACAAGCUCAUCCACAUCGACAUCCACGUCAUCAUCAUCGUCAUCGUCGGCGUCGUCAACGACAACAUCAACGAGCACGGCUACGACCAUCUCUGAGACAACACGAUCUGACAUGACAUCAACCUCAUCUUCGACCGCAUCGAGCAUAAGCACCACAUCAUCGUCGUCCACUUCAACGUCAUCGACAUCCUCAACCUCUACCUCAACCAGCUCCACAUCGAGCAGUAGCACAUCAACAUCAACAUCAACAUCAACAUCAACAUCAACAUCAACAUCAACCUCGACGUCAACAUCCACUUCAUCCUCCACCACCUCUUCCACCUCCACUUCAUCCUCCUCCACCUCUUCCACCUCCACAUCAACCACCUCUUCCACCUCCACAUCAACCACCUCUUCCACCUCCACAUCAACCACCUCUUCCACAUCGUCAAGCUCCACGUCCACGUCCACAACGAGCACGACCGCCCCAGUGACCAGGCCCCGCACCACACGACACGCAACAACGCCGCCAAACUACUCAACACGAGGAACAACACCCUGGCGUUCAACAACCACCAACGGGGCGCGCACGACCACAAGCGGGACCUCACGACCAUACACAACACGCAGGGUGUGCCCGCUGUACCGCCAAUGCAGUUGCAAGCCGGAUCAAGCACCAGUGUACAUCAUCGACAGACACGGCUGUCGUCUCUCCUGCAGCUGCAAAUUCUUGGACGAGCUGCUGGCGGCUGCUGACACAUCCGGGGGCGAUGCAUCGUCAUCACCACUCUCUGUAUCCAGCAUUGUUGGCAUGGCUGUUGGUGGGUUUGCACUCCUGGUGCUCGUCGUCUGCGUCAUUGUUAUUGUCAUGCGCACACGCAACAACCGCGCGUUUGAUGGCCUGGCAUCUGUGGAGCCGCUGCAGUGGGAUGAUGGCGACCUCAACGUCACGCUCACGCGGGUGGUGUCCGCCGACAACCUGAGCGGUGACGACACGUUCCCGCGUGGGGGCACAUACCCAUAUGGAGGUACACUCUCGCGCGAGAGCACGUUCCCGCGCGAUGACACGCUGUCGAGCGGGGAGAGCAGAGGCAACACCAUUUCGCGGGGCGGAACAAUGGACGCUGGAGACACUUUCCCGCGAGACAACACCACCUCCAGCGAACGCACAAUGUGAACCACACAACAAUUACAAUGACACAAUCACUACAUGUUGAAUUUUUUUCACUGUUGUUGAGUGAGCAUUUUCCAUCACGUUCGAUGAUCGAAGUGUUCAUCUGUUGACUGUUGUGUCGCUGCUGUUACACAAACUCCCUUGUGCAUCCGCGUUUGCCUUCAAAUUGGUGUUGUGGAUGUUGUUUUGUUCACCAAACCGGGCAUUCGGUGCUUCCAUCACGGUUGUGGUGAUGUGUGUGCUCUUGCACUUUGCGACUUUGUUGUCCAACACACACAAAACAUGUUCAACGCCCUUAGUAUCUGCUCUGUUCAUUCUUCACUUUGUUGAUUCCUUCAUUUUCGUCAUUGCUCGUCCUCUUCUCCUCUUUGGGUUUGUGUACAUUCUUGUGCGCUGUGUUGCGCAUCAAUGAGAGGAAGAAGGCUGCAUUUCCACAGUUUGUUGGUUCGUUCGCGCUUGACUUUACUUGCGCUUUGCGUGCAGGCAGUGCUUUGCCGCAUGUGUGUGUGAAAUUGUGACACAGUGUUUCAUCUGAGUUGUUGUGUCUUGCUGUUGCUGUGGUCACGGCUUCAACUUCUUGUUUUCUGUUUGUGUUUGUUUGUCGUUUGUUCCUCGCUGCCCUGUUCUCCGGUUGCGUGCGCGCGCGCUUCGUUUGAACCAAACAGGGACUGAGAGCGCAAGGUGUGCGGUUGCUCUUGUCAACGUGUGCGCAUACAUAUGCCAUGUGGUUCACUGGCUUUCAGCCAGCCGUGUGGUGUGCCACGUUUUUUUGCGACACGCCACAGCUGUAUGGCACCUUGUGUCGCUGUGCAUGCCGCAACCACCACCACCACCACCACCUUUGCUGCCCCUGCCCCUGGCGGCUUGCUGUUGUUGUUUUGACAGGCGCAGUGAUAAUUCGAAUGAACAAGAACCUGCAA